CAUUUUCAUAUACUAUACGUAUCCAGAAGAGGAAAUAGUAGAAAAGUUCUUGUGGACAGUAGGUAAUGGGAAUUAUACAGCAACUCCUGGCAGUCGCCGGUAAGUUUUUCAACCGUAGAGGUCAACAGAAACCGUCAGAUGCAUAUGCUUCUGAAGGUGAAUACAGUGACGGCGUUACAUCGGCAGUGACCAAAAAGAGCAGUAGUUCCGUUACAUAUAACGGAGGAGCUCAAUCAGAUGAGUAUGUUAGCAAUAUUCUAUGCAAGCUUCGUAAAUUCGCUAUUGUAUCUGCCGUUGACGAAUCUCUCAAAACUGUCGCAGGUGGGAGUAAAAUAGUAAAAGAAGGAUCAAAGGAUCAAUCGCCUUCACGUCCUAGACUUGACAAACAAGAUUUUACUGUUAUGAUGGAGGAGAUGCAAGCAAAGAUGGAGAAACUUCAGGAUGACAUGAAUAACAUGAAGCAGCAAAAUGAGGUGUCAGCUAAGUGUGCCAACGGAUUGGAGUCCUUUGAAUUCUCUGACGAGCCUAUCAAGACAACGCCUACCAAAUCUAAUCGAAAAAAGGUUUUAAUUCGUUCUCGGAUGUAGAAAGCAGUAAAAUCUUGGCAAUGAGGAAUCUGCACUUCCAUCUUCCUGAACAUAUAGAUUCUGCUUCUGUAAUUUUCUUGUGAUUUGUAUUAUAGCUGUAUAAUACAUGUUUCAAUAACUAUGUAAAAGUAUUAAACUGGUUUUCAGAUGUGCAAAUUACGGUGUCCA